UAUAGCUUGAAUGCAAUUUCAUUCAUAUAUUUUUAGUCGAAGUUCAAUUCUACAAUCGCUUAGUUCGAAACAUUUAUACAUCGCGCAAAAUGAUUGCAUCAUUUUUGUUGACAUUUACUCUGAUUGGAAUACUAAUCGGACUUGUGUACACAUUUCUAAUAUGGAACUUUAAUUGUUGGAAGAAAAAAGGCGUCCCGGGACCUAAACCGCAACCAUUAUUUGGAAAUUUUCCAAACAUGGUCACACAAAAGGAAAAUAUUGUCAAAGAUAUUCAGAAAGUAUACAACCAAUAUCGAGAUGAUGAAGAUUUUGUUGGAGUUUUUUCAAUGCGGACACCUCAUUUGAUAGUUAUCAACCCAGAACUUGUCCACAGAGUUCUUGUGACUGAUUUCAAUAAGUUUCAUGAUAAUGAGGCUGCAAGUUGGUUUGAUAGCAAAAAAGAUAUAGUUAUGUCGAAUAAUGCCUUUAUGUUAUACGGUGACGAAUGGAAAGAACGUCGAAAGGAAAUCGUACCUGGAUUGACAGCUAACAGGAUUAAAGCUGUCUACCCCGUAACUCAAGAAAUCUGUAAAAAACUUACCCAAUUCAUCAAGGAAAGACCAAAAGAUGUCGAUGCCAAAGAUCUAAGUUUACGUUACACAUCAGAUGUUGUUACAGAUUGUGCGUUAGGAAUAAAAGCUGACUGUUUGAGUGACAAUCCGACUCCAGUGCUGAAAUGGACAAAAACUUUAUUUCAACAGACUUCGUCAUAUUUGGCAUUUGCAUUUGCCGCAAGUUUAUGGCCGACUUUGAAGUCAAUUUACCUAAUGAAAUGGCUUAAGCAAGAUACUGAAAAAUUUUUUAUCGAAUUGAUUAGUAACGCUAUGGAGUUACGCUGCAAAACAAGUUCGGAUCGUGUUGAUUUUUUGAAUUAUAUGCUGCAAUUGCAAGAGAAAAAGCAAUUAUCAAACAAUGAUGUAUUUUCACACUCAAUGACUUUUUUGUUGGAUGGCUUUGAGACUACAGCUUCUGUGAUAACGCAUUGUUUGUAUCAGCUCGCUAAGUAUCCAGAUUGUCAAGAAAAACUCCGAAAAGAAGUCGAAAGUAGCUUAAACGAAAAUGGUGAAAUUGAUUUUGAUACAUUAGAUAACCUGCCUUAUAUUGAUCAAUGUAUUCAUGAAAGCAUCCGUAUCAUUCCACCGCUUCUUUUUGGAACUAAACUCUGCACACAACCGUGUGAGUUUGUAAAUAAAAAUAGCAACAGGCUGCAGUUGAAAUACCACGAAAAUGUUAUAAUACCAUUUUAUGCGUUACAUCAUGACGAACAAUACUACCCACAGCCAAGUGAGUUCAUUCCAGAACGUUUCAAUCCAGAGAAUGGUGGAGUUAAGAAAUUUCGUGAUAUGGGAGUAUUUCUUGGAUUCAGUGAUGGUCCAAGAAUAUGUUUGGGAAUGAAGUUUGCAUUGAUUCAAACGAAGGCAGCUUUAGCUGAGAUUGUAAGGAAUUUUAAUGUCAAGCUGAAUUCGAAAACUAGAACUGAUAAUCGUUUGAAUCCAACGGAUUUUCUUGGAGCUCUUGAUGGUGGAGUUUGGUUGGACUUUGAGAAGAGAAAUUAGUAAUUGUUUCAUAUUUAUGAUUUAUGUAUAAUAUUUUUUAUAACUUUUGCAAUUUUUUUGAACGGACUUAUAAGAUUUUUUUAAUUGUUAACAAUGCUUUUUUAAAUAAUUCACUCGAUCGAAGUAAAAUUUUAACUUUGAGCCGAAUUUUUAACUCAGUAAAGAAUCUGUUAAGAUUCUUCGUAACUGCUGAAGCGAUUUUUAUGAUUUAUGCAUAAUUUUUAUAUUGUUUUUAUUUGUUUCUUAAGUUUUUGUUUGUUUUUUUUCUUUUUUAUUAAAUGCAAACCAUUCGUGAAUUUCAA